AUGCGUCCACGAAAGUUCAACUACUUUGGUAUGUUCUCUGAAGACAUGCAGAGUCUCGCACUGUUUUCGGUGUCAAAUGUUAUGACCACGAGAGGCGUUCUGUGUAGUGCACAGAUAUUCAUCGCUCUUAAUCGUUUUACAGCUCUCUACAGACCAUUCCAGCAAGAGCGGAUAUGGAAGGCAUCCACGGUCACUGCAAGCAUUAUGAUAGUUUGGGUGUUAUUUAUAGUAACUUCUUUGCCUGUCAUAAUUAUCUAUCACGACACACCACAUUUCUUUUUUACAAAGUCUGGAAUACUACAGAUGUCGGGUGGAAUGAUAGAUGAGUACAAUUCUUAUCAAGGAGUGAUAAUUAGCAUAUUCACCGUGAUAACAUGUUCGAUAUGCUAUGUGUAUUCGUUUUGGAAAGCAAGGAUCACAACACGCACUAUAAAUGCGACGCAACUGAUAGAGUAUCGAAUUCUGCUCUGUGCCAUUGCAUCAUCUUUCCCGUUUUGCUUUGAAAUGAUUCGCUCCAUACUUGUGCUGCUUUCAUUCAGAUCAAAAAAUGAUCUAUAUAUUUGGGUAACAGAACUCUGGUUCUUCGAAAUGGAAAUCAUUGCGACGGCUUCCGUUUGGCUGCAACUGAUAAUCAACAAAAGCAUGAGGCAACACCUUUUCAGAAAUCUAGUGUAUAAACAGUGGAGGACUGAAGUCUCUGAUGGACAAUGGAUACAAUUGAGACCUCAGAUCACAUAG